CUUACGCCCGCCAAAAGUGAUGUUGUUCGCACCAUCAAAGAUAAUAAGUAGCGCCAUUAUUGUUAUGUUGUUUAGAUAUGUGUUGAGCCAUGGGAAGCGAAAAUGAAAAUGCUGACAGCAAUGUAAAAGUUUACGGGCGUCUCGGAGAAAAUGAAGACAUAAUUCUCACUGAUACUUCACUUUUUAAAGAUGUUAAAUUUUAUAUCAGCGGCAAAGCUCAAGAUAAUGUUUUGCGUUUGCUGUUGGACGGCGGCGGGGAGCGUAUGAAUUAUUUUUAUGAUUUUGUUACCCAUUGCAUUAUAGGUGAAGAUGCGUCUGAAAGUGAUAUUAGUGAUGCAAAGGAAUUAUAUGAAGUGCCAGCUGUAAAUCAGAAUUGGGUUUUACUAUCAGCGCAGUGCAGGAAACUUUUACCUACAUCAGGAUUCCCACCAGAAGGAACACAGCUUUUUGUUAGAGUCACAGCAUGCCUCUCUCAGCUCAGCUACGAAGAUGCCAAAGCCCUUUGGGCAAUGGUAACAUUCAAUGGUGGUAAAUGUCAGCUUCAGCUUGAUAGAAGCUGCACUCACUUGAUUAUAUCAAAACCAGCUGGUGACAAAUAUGAGUGUGCACUACGAAAAGGUGUUCAGAUAGUGACUCCUGAUUGGAUACUGCGCUGCAUUUCAACGCGUUCUUUGUGUGAUGAGAAGCAGUAUGAUCCACGACUUUUAACGUUCCCCAAGCCUCAAUCUCCUACACAACAGACAUCAGAUUUUGAGUUAGCAGGGGAUUUGUCUACAGCUGAAAUAUUAGGUUUCUCAGAUGUGACUAACUUCAAGCAAGAGCAACAGCCACAACAGCAGCAGCAGCAGCAACAACAACAACAACCACCGCCACUACCACCUCCACAGCAGCAGCAACAACAACAACAACAGCAACAUCAACAACAAUUAUUGCAGCAGCAGGAUGGCACUAUUCUGUCAUUGCCUACGGCAUCUCUUGGCAUCCAACAGGCAGCUGGAGCAACAGUUAACAAAGCUUCUCUUCUUGAACAACUGAAGCAGCGUAUGCCUUGGAAUCAGCCACCACAGCAACAGGCAACUCCUCAGCUACAACAGUUGCAACUAAUACAGCAGCAGCAGCCCCAGCAGCAACGGGUUAUGCAACCUCAGGCUGCAAUGCUGCGGCAGCAGGCUCUCCUUCAACAACAGAGAGUCAUUCAGCCACCUGGGCCUCCUUGGAGGCAAGUUGGGCAACUACAGCAACAGCAGAUUCAGCAGCAGCAGCAACAACAACAACAACAGCAGCAGCAGCAACAGCAGCAGCAACAGCAGCAGCAGCAACAGUUGCAACAACAGCAUCUUGUGCAGCAAGUAGUUCAGCAACAAACUCAGCAGCAGCAGCAGCAGCAACAACAACAACAGCAACAGCAACAGCAACAAGUGCAACUUCAGCAGCAGCAGUUGCAACUUCAGCAGCAGUUACAGCUGCAGCAACAGCAGCAACAAGGCCAACCUCAACAGCAGUUGCAGCUCCAGCAGCAGUUGCAACAAUUACAGCUCCAAAAGCAGCAGCAACAGCAGCAGUUGCUGUUGCGAGAAGCUGGCCAGCAACAGUAUACAGUAGCGGCAGUGCAGCGAGAUGUGACGUGGCAACAGCAGCAGCAACAGCAGUACCAGCUUCAGCAGCAGCGUCAGAUACAGGUAGUGCAACAACAGCAGCAGCACCAGCCUCAACCACCGCCACAGCAGCAGCAACAGCAGAUCCAAUUGCAGCGACAAGUUGUAUGGGGCCAGCAGGGCCAACCUCAGGGUCCUCCACGACAACUUAUUCACCUAGAUGCUCAGAUGGUAGCUCAGUUAGAGCAAAUGGAUAGUCAGAGGCGAGUUUUAGUAUUACAGAAACUACAAAAACAAAGGCAACUUCAAUUGCAGCGUCAGAUGCAGCAACAGCAGCAGCAACAACAGCUAGCGAGGGCUGCCCCUCCUGGCACUCCGGCACCUGUUAUGCAGCAGCAGGUGGUGCAGCAACCACAGCAAGCUGUCCCACAGCAACAACCGCAGCCACAGCAGCAGUUGGUGAAAGUGCCUCACGGGUUGUCACCUCAGCAGCAAUUACGCUGGGUGCAACAACACCGCCAGCUGCUUCAGCAGCAGCAGCAGCAGCAGCAGCAAGCACAGCAGCAACAGCAGCAAGCACAGCCUCGUCCUCAGCAGGUCCUCCAGCAGGCCGGUGCAGUGCUGAGGCAGGUGCCGGGUCAGCAGCAGUUGGUGGCGGCAGGAGUGGGGCAGCCGCAAACUGCCGGCGGGAACUGGCUGCCGCAGCAGCCAGUCGCUGAUGGUGCUCAGCCUGCUGCUGCUGCUGCUGCUGCUGCUGCAGCAGCAGCAGGUGUCGUACAGCAAGCAGGAGCAACUGUCGCAAGUUCUACCCAGCAACAGCAGCAACAACUCCAACAGCAGCAGCUGCAACUACAAAGGCAACAGCAAAUGAGGCUGCAACAGCUGCAGAUGCAGAGGGAAGCAGCAGUUUUGGCGCAAGCGCAGAAACAGCAGCAGCAGCUGGUUGUUCAACAGCAGCAGCAACAGCAGCCUCCGGUCCAGGCAAGACCCACACUUCCACCACAAGCACAGGUUCAGUCCUUGCCUCAAGCGGCAGUCCAGUCUCCAGUUCAAGCUGCACCCACUGAGGAUGUUCUGCAACAAGAGGCAUUUCAGGUGCAGCAACAGCAGCAGCAGCUGGUAGUAAACCCAAACACAAAGACUGCACUGGCCAACAUGCUAAGCAUUCGGUUGCAGAGUGGAGGGGAACGAAGUGCUGCGGGCCAGCUAAGGCUCAUGACAGCACAGCACCAUGCUCAACAACAGCAGCAGCAGCACCCCUCCCUGGACCCUCAGCUGCUUGCUGCCUACCAGCAGCAGCGACGUGCUCUAGCCAAUGUAGCCAACACUACAGUAGCGGGUGCGGGGCUGGCUCCUCCACCUGUUGUUGGACUGCAGCAGCAGCAACAGCAGCAGCCACAACCACCAAUACCUCAAGCACAGCAGCAGCUCGCUGCAGUUCCUUCACAACCCCCGCAGGUUCCGGGAGCCAUACCGUACUCUCAGACAGCAGCAACUGCAGCUAGAGUGGCAGCAGCACUUGCAAAAUCCGCCCAGGGAGCUGCUGCCCCACCUCAGCCACCACGUGCACAACAACAGUUUUAUGGUCACAAUCCUAACCUUAAACUUCCACCUGACCUCUGUCUCUUGGGCUGUAUCUUUUUCUUUGUGGGUUAUGAAAAUGAACCAGAGCUAAAUAACUGGAAGACCUUAGUUCGAAGAAGUGGUGGUGAGGUUGAAGAAACAUAUGUUCAUCGUGUUACACAUGUAAUAUGUGAUACACAGAAGAACUCAUUUGUACAACAGGCCUUGAGAGAUAGUAAACGAUGUGUCACGCCAUACUGGCUUAGUGAUGCCCUGGAGAAACAACAGGUAGUGCCACCAUCAUUGGCAGUUCAUUUUCCACGCCCUUACAAGGUUGAUGAAAAACCUUGCAAUAAUCACAUAAUAUCAUAUUCUGGUUUUGAGAAAGAAGAGAGAAGAAUGGUCCAUUUCAUGAUUGUUGAAAUUGGUGCUAAACCUACUGCCUAUUUCUCAAGAGAAAAUCACAUUCUAGUCUGUAGAAGACCAGAUGGCCAGAAGUACAAGAAAGCCCGAGAAUGGGGCAAACCAGUAGUGAAUGUGCAGUGGCUUACAGAUAUUCUUUUCGGACAAUAUUCAUGCAUUCAGCAACCAGAUAAUCCAAAAUAUCAGCAGUUUAACCUUGUAAAUCCUUUUCGAGUUGAAUAUGCUUUAAUACCAAAUCUGAUGGCUGCAUGGAAAAUGCCAAUCAAUAUAACACAGGAAUCAUAUGACAAAUUGCAAAAAAGUCCACCUAGUCAGCGGAGACAUAAACGAGCUCGGCUUGACUGUGAAAAUUCUGUGAUUCCUCCAGUUGAGGAGGAGCCACUGGGUGAGGUAGCAGUUACAAAUCCUGAUCCACCACCUCCUGACAAGAGGCCACGCUUCAUUCUGUCAGGGUUAUCUAAUGAAAAUGAGGUUACGAAGAAAUUGCUACAACUAGGGUGUGAGAAAGCAACCUCGUGUAAGGAUGCAACACAUUUGAUCAUGCCAAACUUAGUGCGAACUUUGAAGCUUAUGUGUUGUUUGUCUAGUUGUCAGUAUAUUGUUUCGGUGGUGUGGGUUCACGACAGUCAUGCUCAAAAUAAAAUUUUGGAUGAAAAACCGUACAUUUUAGAUGAUCCAGCUUUUGAGAAGAAAUUUGAUUGUAACAUUCCUAAACUUCUCGAAAAACCCAACCGACGGGAACUGUUCAAGGGCAUAACUUUUUUUAUGACUCCUGGCAUCAACCCGUCUCCAUCAGCUCUCGCUGAAAUGAUUGAAUGUGCUGGCGGAACAGUGGAGAAGAGACGGAAGGCCUUGCGUAACUAUGCCCUAGAAGCACGACAGGAUGGUCGGCGUUUUGUUAUAAUUUCGGUGAAACAUGAUAUGCAUCUUCUCCUGCAGUGUUUUCCCUCUGGUUAUGAAGUGUACAAUUCUGAGUGUGUUAUGGGAUCUAUCAUGAGGCAAGAGUUGAUGUUCAGCUAAAUGGAAACACACACAACGUCUGCCAAUGUACUGAGAAAGUGACCUUAUGAAGCAGAAAAAAACACCAAUCAAAAUAUUUUAUGUACUUCAGAGGCAAAUCACAGGCUUUAACAGGCAUCAUAAACCAGAGAGUAGGCACUUUUUUAUAUUGUACAUGUUUUACUGUUUGCAUAGCUUUAAUGUUGAAUAUUUUAAAGUUUAUGUUGUAGCCUGUAAAGGGGUUAUGUAACUGUUGAAAAAUAAUGUAUUUUAGUAUAGACGCAGAGCUGUAGAGGGUAAGAAUUAUUGCUGCUGUGUUUUAAAUAGCAUCUCCUCUAUGGGAUGUAGUCUGAUGCAGUACCCAUGCUAGUGUGUAUAACUUUGCAAAACUGUGAUCUCAGUUUGAAUUGAAUUUCAAUGAAAGAUUGCAGUUUAACAGCAAAAGGGUGUCUAUAUUUUUGAUUUGCAGAAAUUACCUCCAAUUUUACCAAAGAAUAAUUUAAAACAUCCCAUAGGUUGUGCUUACUUAAGUAAUGAAGAAUUUAAGUAGUGAAGAUUAAUAAUAUAUAGGACUCCAAGGGUCUCUUUCAAUAAUAGUCAGUUGCUUAUUUGCGUAGAUUGGAGACGAAAAGUCACUAACAAAACACUGUGCAAUGUUCAUGUAUAAAGCUAAAGGAUGAUUCAGUUUCAAAAUGUGUGCAACACUUUUGAUGAGGAAAAGCCAUUAAAUGAGAUGCUCAACAAUGAAAUACUUUUAUUCUCAUAGGAGUUUACAUUUCCAAUCAUCAAAUGUCCAUAAUGCUUUCUGGAGGGACAUUUUCUGUACUCGCUUUCAGUUGUAUCCUUUUUUUCAACUACUAUGUGGAGCACUGUCAAGUAUGCCUUAUUAUUGGACAGAAGACAGUCUAACAGUUUCAAAAUUUUCUGCAUUAUUGUUUUUUCUUGUGAGUCGCUCUUUUCAAUAUGUGUUUUAAGACUGUUUUGUCUAUAUAUGACAUGUAUUUUAGUUUGAAGACUGAUUUUCUUUUGAAACAUAAAACAUUUUGUCAGCCACUUUGCAAAAUGUUAGUACAUUUCUAGUGUUGUUAUUUACCUUAUAACAUUGUUGCUAUUAAAAGUCUUGAAUUUAAAUUAUCAUGACAAAAAUAUUCUUAUUUUAAUAUGACAUAAAUCAUUUUUAAAUGUGACAAGAAGAGAGUCAUUUUGUAAAUGUUCGUGAAUGCAAUGAAAGUGACUGAUAAACUUAUGCAAAAACAAAGGUUUCAAGAAAUCAGAUUCCUGGGUCAAAAGUAUGUGUAACUCAGGUGUGACCACACAGCAGAGCAAACUUAUCAAAGGGAAGAAGUUGUAAAUCCCUUGUUAAUUAAAUUACCAGAGGAGGUUCUUAAAUUGCUUUAUUUAUUUUUAUACUGUGAAAUAGGGAAAUGGGACCAGUCUUAACUGUUUCAUACUAACCACUACAGCAAGGGAAAUGACAGCACUGUAUUUUACAUGAAAUUAAAUAUUAACUCUUUUCUUAAUAAAUUCAUAAAAACAAAGUGGGGAAGCAUAGCACAAUCGAGCUUUAAUUGCUACUGUCAGGUAAAUUAGCUGACUAAUAAUGUUUGCAACUCUAACCUCCUAAAUUGGUGUACUUAGCAAUUGUCGAGCUAGAGCUACAGAUGUUUGCGUACUAAAAUGUGACACAGUUGCUGUCUGGCCAUCAACCAUUCACCUUUUCUAUGCUAAUACAAAUUUACUAUUUUGUACUUUUUUUCAUAAGCUGUGCUACUCAAACUGUACUCUUAUGCAAAUUUAUGGUACCUGGUCCUCAUACACAUUUAACAGAAAAAACAGUGGUGUGAUAAAAAAUUAUUUAAAAGUGGAGAUGAUUAUCUCAUACAAACUUUUUGAAAGUGAUAUCUAUAGUACAGCACAAAAAUGUAAUCUCAUGAACUUAAUUCAGUGUGUUGUUGUGAUCAGCAAGAAUUGAAGACAGGAGGUACUUCUAGACAUCUGUGUUAACUUAUGAGAAGUGAUCAUUCCAUUUACUUGAAAGAAGGAUUUUCUAAGUAAAGGAAAUUUGGUCCUAUGGAUUUUUGAAUGCUGUAAAACUCGUGUGCCAGUCUGUAAUGUUACUGUCCUUAAUUUAUUUGAAAUAUCUCUUUUGUACAAUUGUUUGUUGUUUCUGGUGGCAGUUUAAUAAAAAUGUAAAGUGA